AAAAGUUUGAAUAAAAUUUGUGAAAAGUAUUUUAUAUCAUAGAAUAUGGAACUUAAUGGCCAUCGGAGAGCUAGACGGAAGGUUCACGUGGCUUAUCAAAAUGGUGAUUUGAGCACAUCAAGUAGUGAAGACGAGCAUGAUCCAUGGACUGCCUGGGCUUACAAGCCUCGCACAAUUACAUUAUUACUAAUUGGUGCAUGCUUUCUUGUAUGGGCAAGUGGAGCACUUGAUCCAGAACGUGGUUCAGAAACUGAGCUUGUUACCUCUGUGAAAAGGGGUGUAUGGGCGAUGAUCGCGGUGUUCCUUGCUUACUGCUUAUUGCAGGCUCCUUCAACGAUACUUAUCCGGCCGCAUCCUGCAAUAUGGCGACUUGUUCAUGGAAUGGCUGUAAUAUACCUCGUUGCGUUAACAUUUUUGCUGUUCCAGAAACGUGAUGAUGCACGACAAUUUAUGCGAUUCCUGCAUCCAGAUCUUGGUGUUGAACUUCCAGAGAGAUCAUAUGGUGCUGAUUGCCGAAUUUAUGUACCUGAAAAUCCUACAAGCAGGUUUAAGAAUGUUUAUGAGACACUUUUUGAUGAGUUUGUUUUGGCACAUAUCCUGGGGUGGUGGGGUAAAGCUAUAAUGAUUCGUAAUCAGCCACUUUUGUGGGUACUUUCUAUCGGAUUUGAGUUAAUGGAGCUGACUUUUCGCCACAUGUUGCCGAAUUUCAAUGAAUGUUGGUGGGACAGUAUCAUUCUUGAUAUAUUCAUCUGCAAUUGGUUCGGUAUCUGGGCUGGUAUGCGCACAGUUCGGUACUUUGAUGGAAGAACUUAUGAGUGGGUUGGCAUAAGCCAGCAGCCUAACAUCAUGGGGAAAGUAAAACGAACUCUGGGUCAGUUUACACCUGCCAGAUGGGAUAAAGACGAAUGGCACCCAUUUCUUGGCCCGUUCCGAUUUAUUCAAGUUCUGAGCCUUUGCAUUGUUUUCUUGACUGUGGAACUCAACACUUUCUUUCUGAAGUUUUGCCUUUGGGUUCCUCCUCGAAAUCCUAUAAUUGUAUAUAGGUUGGUUUUGUGGUGGCUUAUCGCGAUACCAACAAUUCGUGAAUACAAUUCUUACUUGCAAGACAGAAAACUAGUGAAAAAAGUAGGAACGUUUUGCUGGCUCUCACUUGCCAUCUGCAUCGUGGAGCUCCUCAUUUGUAUCAAGUUUGGACAUGGACUGUUCCCUAAUAUCAUGCCGAGGUGGGUGGUUAUAUUUUGGACGAAUGUCGGAAUUGGACUCGUCGUAUUCUUGGCUGCAUGGUCGUAUCAGCUACACAGAUCAAUGAAGAGAAAAUGGCAAUAGGUUCAUUUUUUGGGGGGAUUCUACAUUUUUCUUUGAGAUCUCCAUGUUUUCUUUGGGUAAUUUGACGUGAUGUAAAUACCCACUGCAUUUUUAAUUGUAAAUGUUUUUCUUUUAGCUUAGAUCUUACUCUUAUUGAAUUUAUAAAUCUCAAUUCUUUGGUAUUGUUUGUGGGCAAAUCUUGCCAAUGCAGUUGGAAGAAGCUUUUGUUUUUGUGGCAA